AUGACCGUCGCCAGCCCGCAAGGCGCAGGCGAUGUCCCCGAGACUGACGAGCUCAAAUCUUUCCGUGAGGCAUGGAAGGCCGAAGUACGCAGGCGCCGAGGCGAACUCUCAACCGACGCCGUUCCCCGCACCAGCACGAACACUGGCAGUUCUCCGGCGGACAAGUUACACGAUGCUCAGCCCUCCGCUUCGUCCGACGAGGCCUUCGUGAAGGCGUGGGCCUUCCAGGAGGCAAGCCGUCCCGCCGCUAUCGACGGACCAACUUCGAAGGGCAAGCAGGCCCCUGUCCCCGCUGCCUCCCGGCACGCUAGGGACACUUCCCAAUCGCCCACAAGGGACCGCAAUGCAACUCCACGCACAGUACCUAACUUCACGUUCAGCCCCAUACAGAAGCGUGCCAUCGAUGUCUACCGUCGCGCGAUGCAGGCCGAGCAAAACAGCGAGCUCGACGAGGCCCUCCGUCUGUACCGCCAGGCAUUCCGUCUGGACACCAAUGUCGACCGCGCGUUCGAAGCCGCUGAGCUCCUCGUCCAGUCUCAGGUCAAGUCUGCGAAGCUCCCGCCCUCCGCCGACGGCACCGCUGCGACCAGUGCCCGUUCCGCUCAAAGCACCGUAGUAACGCAUCGCCACACCUCCUCCGGGACGAACGCCACCAGCAACUCGAAGAUCACCGGCCUUCUGGCUCGUAUCGUCUCCGGCUUUCCGCCAGACGUGAAAUUUGAACCCGAAGACGAGCGCGAAGGGUUCCACUUCGUCCGCUUGCCCGACGAGCUCAUUGUGGAUAUUCUUACAAUUUUGGAUCCUACGGCUAUCGAGCGGUUUGCAGCGGUGAGCAGGAGGGCAAGGAUCUUGAGCUUGGAUUCGACGAUAUGGAGGAACUUCGCAAAGCGCGUGUACAGGCCACCUCAAAUACCGCCCGAACUCACGUUGGAGGGGCUUGCCGACAACUACGACUCGGACUACCGCCGCCUAUAUGUCGAGCACCCUCGCUUGCGCCUCGACGGGGUAUAUAUCGCUGUGUGCCACUACAUCCGACCAGGCCUGAGCGAGAACGUCUGGGUCAACAUCCACCACCUCAUCACCUACCACCGCUACCUCCGAUUCUUCCCUGACGGGACCGUGCUCUCCCUGCUCGCGAACGAGCAGCUCGACCCGCAUAACGUUAUCCCGCAUUUCAAGCACUCUCUGCGCAUGAAGGGGCUCUUCCUCGGCACCUGGUCGCUGGACGGCACGACCGUCACCAUCGACGGCCUCGCGCCGCUCUCUUCAUCCACCUCCACUUCACUCUCCGUCACCACUGCUCACUCCGGCUCGAACGCACGCGAUGCGCCUGCCAUAGAAGAGCAAUGCAAGUACGUGUUCCGGAUGACGUUCUCGCUCCGCUCCCGUCCGCUCGGGCGGUGGAACAAGCUCGAGUGGGUUGAAUACGAGAGCGUGCGGGUCGAGGACGGGGAAGCGACGCCGUUCCCCCUCAAGCAGGAACGGCCCUUCUGGUUUAGCAAGGUUCGGAGCUACGGGGGCCCUUAA